UCAAACUUAACUGUCCCCAUGGCAACAACAUCCAGUCGUCCGUACGUCACUGCUGUGUGUUCCAUUGUCCACAUACCAUGCUGCUAAAAGGAGACCUGCCUUGUUCCUUGUAGUAAAUACGAGCUACAGAUGGACCGCAGUUUGAAGCGCCGGCAGGUGAAGCCACUUGCUGCCUCUCUCUUAGAUGCCUUGGAUUAUGACAGCUCAGAUGACAGUGACUUUGAAGUGGGAGAUGCCUCAGGAUCAGACGGCACAGGCAACGGCAGUGAUGAGGAAGGUUCUAAAGCCAGUGCUGCAGGCUCAGAAAGUGACUCAGACAACGCUGGUUCUGCAGACGAUGGUAUAGAUGAAGAGGAGGCAAAAGACUUGGCUGCUGAGGACAACUUAACGGAAGAUGAGGAGAAGACCAAACAGCAGCCUUCCUCAGACAGCUCCACCAAAGACACUCCCGCUGUUACCCCACCCAAAAGCCGACGCAAGAGCAAGAAAACUUCAGAGUCUGAGCCUGCUGUAGCUGCUGGCACUGAAUCUACCUCAACGUCAGGGUCUGGCAGCGUGAACACAGAAGAGUCUCAGGCCGAGCCCAAGAAAUGGAAUUUCCGCAGGAACAGACCCCUGCUGGACUUCACCACUAUGGAAGAACUGAACGAGAUGGAUGACUACGACAGUGAGGAUGAUAACGACUGGAGACCCACAGCAGGGAAGAAGAAAGGCAAAGCAGCUGCUCAAAAAGGAGGGACUGAGGAAGAGGACGGUGGCAGUGCUAGUGAUGAUGACGACGACGAUGAUAACGAUGAUGAUGAUGACGACGACGAUGAGGACGAUGACAAGGAAGAUGAUGAUGACAUCAACAACAGUAGCAGUGAUAGUGACAAGGAGGUGAAGAAGCCCAAGAAGAAGGCUAAGAGCACCAAUGCUUUUGAUGAAGAGCUGACUAAUGACAGCAUGUCCCAGGGAAAGGGCAAUGAGGAUGCCUUGCUGGACCGUUCCCAGACCUGGAGCACUCAGCACAUCCUCAUCUGCUGCGUCUGUCUGGGAGAUAACAGCGAGGAUGCAGAUGAGAUCAUCCAGUGUGACAACUGUGGGGUGACCGUGCACGAAGGAUGUUACGGUGUGGAUGGCGAGAGUGACUCGAUCAUGAGCUCUGCCUCAGAGAAUUCGACAGAGCCUUGGUUCUGUGACGCCUGUAAGAACGGAGUGACUCCCAGCUGUGAGUUGUGCCCCAACCAGGAUGGCAUCUUCAAAGAAACGGACGCCGGGAGAUGGGUGCAUGUGGUUUGUGCACUUUAUGUUCCCGGAGUAGCAUUUGGAGACAUAGAUAAACUACGACCAGUAACGCUCACAGAGAUGAAUUAUUCAAAAUAUGGGGCCAAGGAGUGCAGUUUCUGUGAGGACGUCCGCUUUGCCAGGACCGGUGUCUGCAUCAGCUGUGAUGCAGGAAUGUGUCGCUCCUAUUUCCAUGUCACCUGUGCACAGAGGGAGGGACUCCUGUCUGAGGCUGCUGCAGAGGAGGAUAUUGCUGAUCCAUUUUUUGCAUACUGCAAACAGCAUGCUGACCGCUUUGACAGGAAGUGGAAAAGGAAGAAUUAUCUGGCCUUACAGUCUUACUGUAAGGUCUCUCUGCAGGAGAGAGAGAAACAGCUUACUCCUGAAGCUCAAGCCCGAAUCACUACUCGCCUGCAGCAGUACAGGGCAAAAGCAGAGCUGUCCAGGAACACUCGGCCUCAGGCGUGGGUUCCCCGGGAGAAGCUGCCGCGACCUCUGACCUCCAGUGCCUCAGCCAUUAGGAAGCUGAUGAGGAAGGCGGAGCUGAUGGGCAUCAGCACCGACAUUUUCCCUGUGGACACAUCUGAUGCCAACGCCAGCAUGGACGGACGCAGGAAACACAAGCAGCCUGCCCUCACGGCAGACUUUGUCAACUACUACCUGGAGCGGAACAUGCGAAUGAUCCAGAUCCAGGACAACAUCUCUGAACAGAAGAACUUAAAAGACAAGCUGGAGAGCGAGCAAGAAAAACUGCAUGUGGAGUACAACAAGCUCUGUGAGUCUCUGGAGGAGCUUCUGAAUGUGAAUGGAGAGCUGCGGAGUGAAGGCCAGGCCAUGUGGACUCUGCUGGGGGGCAUCCUGGGCCAGAAACUAAACACCCCAGCUGUUCUGAAAGCCCCAAAAGAGAGGAAGCCCAGCAAGAAGGAGGGAGGAACCCCAGGGAAGUCAUCCAGCCUGCCAGCAAUCCUCUACAGCUGUGGCAUCUGUAAGAAGAACCAGGACCAACAUCUGCUGGUGCUGUGUGACACCUGCAAGCUCUACUACCACCUGGGCUGCCUGGAGCCGCCACUAACACGCAUGCCCAAGAAGACCAAGAACAGCUACUGGCAAUGCUCCGAGUGUGACCAGGCCAGCAGCGAUGAGGCCGAUAUCGCCAUGGAGACGCUACCUGAUGGCACCAAGAGGUCCAGGAGGCAGAUAAAGGGGCCAAUCAAAUUCAUCCCACAGGAGAUGUCGCCAGAGCCCAAGAAACAUCAAAGAACCAGAGGGCAGAAGAGGAAGAGAGUUCCCAUCUGUGAAGACAGAGAAGAUACAAUCGAGGAACCACUGCCACGGGAACGCCGACAACGGCAGUCUGCAAUGCAGAAAAAACCCAAAGCUGACGACACGAGGACUGAGUGUACAACCUGCAAAGGACCAGGUGACAACGAAAACCUCGUGAGGUGUCAGGCAUCUAAUAACCAGGAUUCUACUUUGACAUUGGAAUUCUGUGAGAAAAUAAAAAAUUAGAUCACAGCAGGCCCCUUGUCAGCACAUUGUCAUGUGAUGAAUCUCUUGCACAAAAAUGUUCUCAUCAGACCAGAAUUCCCUUCAUGAAUUUCAUAUUGUCUGUCCCAAAGUGUCAUGGGCUCAUUGUAACGUGAACGAGUGUAUAACUUUUUGAAUUGUUAUGUUGAAACAUAACUAGCCAUUUUGAUCAUGACACUCUAACCCCAUAUUUUUACAUUCUACUAGUUGCUUAAACAUAAAUUCUCAAAUAGUGGCAGGAAACCUUUAUUUGAAACAGGCUUGUAUUAAAGGCAUUUAUUAAAUUUUGUCCCUUGUUUUUAAGAAUGUUUUAUUAUUUUAAUAGGACUUCUCUCUCAUUUCUGAUCUGCUCCUGCUUUAAUUUGCUGUUGAUAAUUCCACACUUCCUCCAUCUUUACCUGUUCAAAUUCAAAGUAAUGUACAUUCUACAGCACAAAUUCCAUUACUGCAACAACAGUCAUGCCACACUCAUCACUCAGCUACUAGUUUUUAUUUUUAAAAGAAAUACUAUUCUAUACUAUAAAUACUACUCUAGUCACUCACUACUUCAUUUCAAUCGCUUCUUCUUUGCUGUUUUUUCGAUCGCUGGGAAACUAUUGUCAAUGAAACUCAGUGCUUCCUACACAGAUUCACAUUCCUGCAAUUUAAAGAACAUAAUCCCUCUAGCGCUUAAACAAUUAGUCAAUCACGAAAAAAUAAAGUACUAUUUUGUAAACUAUUUUAAUAAUUGUGUAAUAAUUUAAGUCAUUUUUCAAGCAAAAAUGCCAAAACGUUUUGUGAAGGCCUUAUUUUGGGCUCUAGGAAGAUUUUCACUGUUUUCUGACAUAUUAUAAGCCAAACAAUUAAUUAAUCAGGAAAAUAAUCAAUGAUGAAAAUGAUCAUUUCAGCCCUAAAUCCCUCCUUUUCUUGGUAGGCUUUUAAUGUAAUACACAUGCAGAAAGUGUUGUGAUCCAUUGACUUUGCCGUGAUUAAAAAAAAAAAACAACAGCAAAGUAGAAUCACUUGGAAUUAUUUUGUGAACGUAUUCUUAUAAAAAAGAGCAGCAGAGUGGUGAGUAUGACCUGACUCUGUUGUUGUACUGAUGAAACUAGUGCUGUCAAAAUGUACAGUAUGCUGAAUUUAAGAUGUAAGGUAGGUAAUUUCACCACCCACCAUACCCCCAAUAUUUUUACCCGCUCUUUGUUAGCAACUCGCCUUUAUUUGUCCGUGCAGGCUUAUUAUUUGAAACUCGGCCAUUUUUGAAUACUGGCAUUUAUUCAAGAAUGUACCCUUUUAACAUAUUUUAUUUUGCACUGCUGUACAGAACAGUAUGUGUAGACAUCUCUGCAGUAAAAUCUUGUACUGCUUUUUGAAAAUUAUACUAUGUCCAUGGCAAGAGCAGUAAAUAGAUAAAAGAAAAAGCUCAAUACUUGAAGUUUUUGUGUUUCAUUUGUCAUGCUCUUGAGGCAGUGUUUAAGUUGUAAGGGUUGCUAGUCGGGGUGUGAGGUGUGCUGCCCUGACUCUUUCUAUCUUUGCAUUGCACAGGUUGUGAGAGCCGGGGCAGCCACCUCACCUCCCAUAAAAACUCGGGACAGAUGACCUUUGGCUUAGAGACAGAGAGAGGCAAAUUGAGGCGUUUGAAGAAUGGUGCUCGAGUCAGGCUGGAGAACAAGACUGUCACGCCGCCCCACAACCACCCCUGAUCCAAACUGGACCAACAUCUGUCCAAUGAAAAUUGAGCAGAAUUGUCUGAAUCUAAAACAUUGAGUUUAAAUGCUGAAGUAUUGAAGACAAUAUUUUUGAUGUUAAUGUUGGACUCUUGGUAACUUGGUGGAUUCUUUUUGUGACCAAUUGCGGCUCCAGUUGCAUCUAUGCAAUUGUCUGCAUCUACAAAGUUUUGAUGCAGGCAAUUGAAAUUAGAAAAAGUUAUGUAUUUUUACAAUUGAUGUAUUAUCCAUUUUGGUAACAUUAAACAAAAACAAGUAGAGAAUGACUAUAGAGCUUACCAUCGAGCCAACUGAUGGAUGCAACUGUUCUGAAUUUAAUUUAUAUGGCAUUGAGUCCUGGUAUCGGAUGAUAUUGUGUCAUUACUUUCUUGUGAUGUAUUUCCUUUAGAAACAGGAUGUUAGACAAUGAGGGAUCUCUCAGCAGAAAUCACAGUGGAAAUCAGUUUGAUUUGAUAAGACAGGAAGAAAGGUGGAAUUCUUAAGUUUUUGGAUGGUUAGUGUAUACCCACUAAUGAAGCAUGAAGACCACUGAAGAUGCACCGUUUUCACAAUAGCUCAAGUGCCCGUUUGUGGGAUCGUUAAGAUGGUGUUCAAAUCUGGUAGAAUAAGUUCGUCGUGGCAACUGAGCUUCCCUCUGUAGGCAACGAGUGGAAGACUCUUGGCUUGUUGAUCAUGUUGCUCACAGUGUGGAAGCACAGAAAAGACAAAGUGCUAUAACAGGCAGAAUUUUUGCAUCUCCUGACUUAGGAUGCUAUCCCAAACAAUUCCUCUCUAUGCCUCUAUGUGCUCGCCUGCAUCCAGGAUGUAUGUGAAUUCUUUUAGAUCAAGAACUUUUUUUUCAUUGCUAUUAGGCUGGUGCUCUGCACUUUUGACCUCCCCAUACGACUUCUCAUCAGUACUAAUCAGUAUUAUUGAUUGAAGUCAUCUGCCACCCAGUGACCCUGAGUAUUUCAGUGUGAAUUUGGUUAAUUGCAAAUGCACUUGAACCUAGGCUUUCCCAGACUUGAGUGUUGUUUUGUUUUCUAAGUAAAUGGAGGACCAGAAUUAUUGAGAAAAGUCAGUGUCGUGUAUAGAAAAGCCAACUGUUUCUGGUGUAUCAAGUGUAGCAGUGAAGUAAUGCUACUCUAAAGCAUCUGUAGUAGAAACAAACUAGGGUAGUUAGCAGUAAUAGCCCUUAAUUAUUUGUCUAAAUGUCUUUAAUGUCUUUAGUCAUUUAGAAGUCUUCCAUAUCUUGAAGUGACAGUUACACUGACACUUUCUCAGAAAGAAGCCCAGCUUUGUCUCCAUGUCCCUGGAGGCCCAUAGUCAGUCCUGUCAAAACAGCAGCUGCUUGCUGCUCUGUCAGGGCUCAUGACAAGUGUCACAUUCUGCCCUCAUAUGUCACUCUGUUGCCUAUCCAGGGCCCUAUAUGCAUGCUUUAGGGAACAGUCAAACCCUUGCAGUUUACUGCUUUUUGUCUCUCUGGAGUGUGUCCAAAAACAACACCACACUGGGUUUGUCUCAUUGAGAUGAGAUCUCGGUGCAGAAUGACUUGCUGACUCCCGACCAGUCCUUUCCCAUCAGUCAUACUCAGUCAGUCUCAAAGACUGCUUGUCAGUUCUACAAUGCAUGGCUAUAUCUAUUUACUCAGAUCUGUACAGUAAUUUAAAACUGAAAAUAAGUGAUGUGGUCUUGUAGAAUUUGAAUGCCAGGUAGCUCUGUAGUGUGACAAUGUGUACAGUAUUUAUGAAGAGGCCCAUCAUACAUGUCUUUUCUUUUUGUGCCUACAUACUUGAUUAUAUAUCAUAAGCUUGUGUUGAACUUUGAUUUGUGAUGUAGUCUUAAGUGACAACCAUAUUUUCUUUUAAUUGCCAAACAUUUGUUUACGACGUGCUUUGAAGGGCAUAUUUCUGAUUAAUUGUGUACUGUAUUAUUGUGAUACUGUAUGAAGUAAGAAUGUGAAUGUUGCUGCUGUUGUGUAUGUGUCUCAGCCUCUGGCCUAUAGCUCUUGAAAAUUAAGCGGAGCUUUAAUAAACUCUUGACUUUUUCACCUUA